CCAUGUUGGUGGGAUCCACAGCUGAUGGGACGUGGGUCCUCUGUGGGAGCAGGGGUCCACAGAUCUCCGCCGAGCAUCACACCACGCACAGUCAAAUUGUCAUCAUGAUGCGAUAAGUUGACCCACUUUGACUCGUCGCACACCGAGGUUUAAGGAUGGAACAGUUCAACUAAAUCGCAGACAACUACCCAAGUUGAGUCUGGCAACUUGCUCAACAGCGUUUUAAAUAUCUUCAUCAAGCAUGUGUGUGUGCAUGAUUGGCCGAGUAGUAUAUGAGAAGGCCGUGGCUCUCGUGGCUUUGCUUUAGUGGACCUCCCUUCUCCCUCUGUUCAGAGAACCUGUUUAAUUGGCUGAGAUGUCAAGGUGGCCAGCUACACUUCUUGUGCAGUGUCUGAUUUAAGGCAUUUCAGUUACAGCCGUUGUCAAAGUAACCAGCAUGGGCAGUUAAGAAAAAUAGGCUACUUAUCAGCUGUGUGGAAGACGGAAGUUUUAUAUAACCCCCGAGCGACCCUCCUCUCUUCCCGCUCAGGCAGACCAGCAAGUUUCCAGCACCAUGGCUGAUGAAGACUAUGGCAGCUUUGUCGACUGGAACCAAAUGGGGGAUCUAGCCAAGAGUGGCGGGCCCACCAAGGUAGACUGCAAAGACCUGAAAGAGUUCAAACAAAUGGCUCGGCAGGGUUACUGGGCCAAAAACCACAAACUGCGGGCGCAAGUUUACCAGCAGCUCAUCAAAGGCAUUCCCUGUCGCACAGUUACACCAGAUGCAGAAGUAUAUCGUGACAUUAUGGGAAACACAGCCACGAAGAAACCCACCUCCCACAUGCCGCUGCCAGAGUUUGUGGAUGGAAUCCCCGUGCCAAGGUACUGCCUGAAGGCAGAGGGCGUAUCAUCAGCCCAUCAGAUCAUCAACUGCCUGGCCGGACAGUUUCCAGAUAUCUCUCACUGCCCAUCACUUCCGGCGGUUACUUCUUUGCUCUUACAUCACAGCGUGGAUGAAGCUCAGUGCUUUGAGCACAUUAGCCGCAUGCUGGCCUGCAACGAGCCAGGCAAGCGACUGCUGGACCAGACUUUCCUGGCCUACGAGUCUGGCUGCAUGACUUUCGGUGACCUGGCCAACAAAUACUGCGCAGCUGCCCACAAAUUGAUUGUAGCCACGGCCCAGGAUGUGCUGGAAGUGUACUCAGACUGGCAACGCUGGGUACUUGGCGACCUGCCUUUCAGCCACGUGGUCAGGGUCCUGGAUGUCUACCUGGUGGAGGGCUACAAGAUUCUCUACCGCGUGGCUAUAGCCUUGCUCAAGUUCUAUUGUAAGCAUAAAGCAGGAGUGCAAGGGGGCCAGGGCAACCAGCAGCAGCAAGAUUCAGGCAAGGUCAGGGCAGACAUUCAGGCAUUUGUCAAGGGCAUUGCCUCCACCGUCACACCUGACAAGCUGCUAGAGAAAGCCUUCUCCAUCCGACUGUUCAGCCGUAAGGAGAUCACUCUGCUGCAGCUCACAAAUGAACAGUCCUUGCAGCAGAAGGGAAUCACUGUCAAACAGAAGCGUUCUAGGCGGAACGUGCAACUGGCACUUAACCCAGACACCUUCUCCUCCGAGAUUGUCAGUGCCAAGGAAAUGCGGGAUAUCUGGUCGUGGAUCCCUGAGCGCUUUGCCCUGUGCCAGCCACAGCUGCUCUUCACCACCUCCACCCACGGAUGCAGCCUGAACAGAUUCUACUCACAUUGCGAAGGCUACGAACCCACGCUGCUCCUCAUUCGGACCACAGAUGGUGACGUAUGUGGAGCCUUCCUAUCCACAGAUUGGGAGGAGCGGAAGAGAGGAGGCAACAAGCUGAGCUUCUUUGGCACAGGCGAAUGCUUUGUCUUUAGGUUGAAGCCAGAGAUUGAGCGCUAUGAGUGGGUGGUGAUCCGCCACCCGGAGCUAGCCUCGUCCGUAAAGGUCCAAGUUCAAGAGGACACGGCGUCGUCUGAGGGCCAGAACUCAGACAACAACAGUUUACAGCAGCCAGAGAAGGCUGCUGGAGAUCUGUCGCCCUUCCUCUCCGCUCGCCACUUCAACCUUAACUCCAAAAACACUUCCAUGUUCAUGGCUGGAAACUUUGACUCCAUCAUAGUGGGCGGAGGUGAAGGCAACGCUCUUUAUAUUGACUCAGAACUGAACCACGGGCGCACUGGCAGGUGCACCACCUUCGACAACCCGCCCCUGUGUGCAGAGAGCUUCCAGGUUUCGCUGCUGGAAGUAUGGGGUUUCCAAGACGCCAUGGCCUCAUAAUGCUGCACACACGAAACACACGCACUCCACAUUCAUGUGGAUCCAUACAUCGCACAUUCACUGACACACACGUUGCAGGAAGUCUCGAUAAGUCCAGCAGGGUUUGAGGUAGAAAACACAGAUAUGCAAACAGAACUACAUCCGUCCUAUAAAUUCAUUUAUAAUUAACUAUUUUGUAUUUAUUAUUGCAGGUAAUCCAAAUUCAACAUAUGAAAAAAGAUUAUAUUUUUGUUUGUUUUGUGUUCAUUUUUGUAUUUUCAGAUUUGUAUUUACAGUGUGCUAUUGUUCUGAAGGGUGUAGUCUUAUGAACACGGAGUUAAGGAUCAACUCUAGAUGCGGCCAAUGUUCAUCUAGCCUUUGAUUUUAUGUCAGCCGUGAUGUAUUUAUGUUCAUGCUGAACUACAAUAUUUACAUUUCUGAAUGUAUAUUCCAUACCCUUUGUUCUGUGUUUUAACUCAGUCUGCCAAAUUUACUGUACAGCUAUCUCUACAGUUCUUGAAAAAAAGCUAUCAUUAACCGGGCCAUGUUGAUAAACUGAGGUUCACAAUAAAAUGUGUGAAGUCGAGUCUUAAAGUGUUUGUAAAUGUUGAAAGAUGGAGUAAAGUUGUACCAGGGCAGCUGUUAGCCAGGUCCUGUUUCGUUUCCCCUCAUGUAGAUUUAUUGUACAUGCAAUAUGUGGCAGAUCUGCUCAGUGAAUUAAUGUGGUACGUCUCUGUGAAUGCCAGUGGUGAGGUUGAUUGUUGCCAUUUUGCACCAUAUGUGAAAGUUUUUGUUUUGAAUGGAAUAUGAAUACUGAUGUGAAUAACAGUACAAUAUCUUUAAAAGUCAAAAAGUGUUUUUGGUUUACAAGUAAUGGAGAUUAAUGCAGUUUGCUCAUCCUUCCCCUGUUUUGACCCUUUUCCCUGUUGACUCCGUCCUUUUCCCCUGUGAAAAUAGUAACUAAAGUCCAAAAAUUGUGCAGUGUUGACUAUUUGUAUCUCUGUGUUCAAGUAUGUGCUUCAGUGAAACAUCGAGUAACUACAAAUGUGUUUUACGUGUGAAAAUACAGCAAUACACUUUCA